AUGGCUCCUGUGAUCUACACGUCCCCGCACCCGAGGCAAGAGCUGCCAUCAACCUCGCUCUUCACUUUCCUCUUCUCUGGCAACCAUGACCCCGCCAGUCCGGCCUACAUCGACGUCUUGACCAAGCGCGUACUCUCGCGCGCGGAUGUGCGCUCUAUGGCUCUGCAGGUCGGAUACAGUGCGCGCAACCAGUUGAAGCUCAAGAAGGGCGAAGUCGCGCUUGUGUUCUCGCCGAACUCCAUUGCAUGGCCUGUUGUCUUACUUGGCAUUGUUGCUGCUGGCGGUAUUGCCACACUCGCAAACGCGAGCUACACACCGCCUGAGCUCGCGCACCAGUAUAAGGACAGCGGCGCGCGGCUUCUCUUCGUGCACCCGGCGUUGCUGCCGGUUGCGCAGAAGAUGUUCGAGAGUAUCGGAGUCAGCAAGAAGGACGCGGAGGCGCGGAUGGUCCUCAUGGACCUCGACAGCACUGGCGCAAACGGCAUCCGGGGUUUGAAGAGCCUGAUCACUGGGAAGGCACUCAGCCAGGAAGAACCGUUCGACGGCAAGCGCUCGCAUGAGACGGCUGUUGUCUGCUACUCGUCUGGGACGACUGGCCGUCCGAAGGGUGUCGAGACGACGCACCGGAACCUGUCGAGUGACAUCUCCUUGCUCAACGCGGUUAGCGACUGGGGCAAGCACGACACCUUCAUUGGCGUCCUCCCCUUCUUCCACGUAUACGGCCUCGUCAUGCUUGUACUCAACCCGCUGCUCCUCGGCGCAGCCGUCGCCGUCGUACCGCAAUUCGUACCAGAUGUCUUCUUCCGUGCUCUCGAGGAGUAUCGCAUCACGCGUGCCAUGAUUGUCCCGCCCAUCGCGCUCGCCUUCGUGCAUCACCCGGCAGCAGCAAAGCACGACUUGCGUACACUCAAAACGAUCGUCUCCGGCGCAGCGCCUUUGAGCGGCGAACUCAUCUCCAUUCUCGACAAGCGCCUCAAAAGCCUUGGCACCGACGUGACUAUCACACAGGGCUUUGGGAUGACGGAACUUAGCCCCGUUAGCCACUUUGUGUGCUUCCCCGACGCGCGCCGUGGAAAAGCCACGACCAUUGGCCAGCUACUUCCUAACCUUGAGGCGCGUCUCAUCGCAAGUGACGAGCGCAACAUCGUCGACGCGAAGGUCGGCGAGCCAGGCGAGCUUUGGGUUCGCGGCCCGAUCGUCAUGAAGCGGUACUUGAAGAACGAGAAGGCGACGAAGGAUACGAUGACGAAGGACGGAUGGCUCAAGACGGGUGACGUUGCCAUCAUCGACAAGGAGGGCUUCUUCAGCAUCGUUGACAGGAAGAAGGAGCUCAUCAAGUACAAGGGCUUCCAAGUAUCGCCCGCUGAACUCGAAGAUCUUCUUCUCGGCCACCCUGAGAUUAUGGACGCUGCUGUCAUCGGCAUCCCAGCGCCAGACAACUCUGGCAACGAGCUUCCGCGCGCAUACGUCGUACGCGCGCCAAAAUCCACUUCGGAGCCAGAUGUGUUCGUGAAAUACAUCGCGUCGCGCGUCGCGAAGCACAAGCAGCUUCUCGGUGGGGUCGUCUUCAUUGACGCUAUCCCGAAGAGCGCAGCAGGCAAGAUCUUGCGCCGCGAGCUCAGGGAGCGCGCGAAGGCCGAGCGGCCCGUAAAGGCGAAGCUUCUGCUGAUCGUACGGCGUGGUGUUUCUUACACGUUGAUCUAA